UGCACCGACUCAGCUCUUAAUGCUACAAUGAAUACAGCCGUUCAAGGAAGAAAUCCACUCAAAAUGCCCCACAAAGAGAGUUUCGCUCGACGAGACCCUGGCAAUGUACAGGCCUGGCUGAUUGGCGGCGGCAUCGCGUCGCUCGCAGCCGCUGCUCACUUGAUCAUAGAUGCCAAGGUUCCAGCGAAGAAUAUCCAUCUACUGGACGAGCAUAAACACGCUGGCGGGGCGAUGCAGAGCUCCGGUGAUGCAGAAAAUGGCUAUCUGCUACGUACUGCCUGUCUUCCAUAUUUCCAUGACAUCUGUGUCCAGGACCUUCUAUCGUACGUGCCCGAUCCCGCGAGCCCUGAUCGAUCCAUCAUGGAUGCGGUGCAAGCCUCUGAGAAGACGGAACAGUUUAAGCCCGCUGCGCCAACUCGGCUUCUAGAAAACCCCGCGACGGGCCCCGAAAGGGUUGAUGACCGACAGUUCCAUUUGGGUAUCAAACACCGAUGGGAUCUCAUUAAGCUCAUGGUUGAAGGUGAGAAAGCGGUCGCCGACAAGACUAUCAAAGAUCUUUUUGAUGGGACCUUCUUUAACUCAAAGUUCUGGGCGCUGUGGUCUACAACCUUCGCAUUGAAGCCCGAACAUGGAGCCGUCGAGUUCCAGAGGCACAUGCGCAAAUACCUUGAAAAGAUCAAAGACUUCAAUAAUGUCAGCGCUUUGGACCGGUCCCAGUACACUCUCCAUGAAUCCGUCAUUCUACCUUUGGUUUCGUAUCUCGAGAAGGAGGGCGUCGACUUCCGCUUCAACGCUAAAGUAACUGAUCUGGUCAUCCCGUCGCUCGUGACGAUUGACCCCAUGGACAUUGUCAUCGUUACGCUUGGCUCAGUCAGUUCGGGAUCCGCGGUCGGAUCCAACAAUGCACCACCCACAUGGGAGACAUCUCCAGAGCUUACCGUCAUGGAGGACUGGGCCUUAUGGAACAAGGUUUCUAAGAUGUCUACCAGAAAGUUCGGUGAUCCCGAGCCCUUCCGAUCUUAUAUUAAAGAUUCCAAGGUCGAAACAUUCACUAUCACUUUGAAAGAUUCCCCAUUCCUCGAUGUCUAUCAAGAUAUAACUCAUAACCCACCUGGCUCUGCUGCCUUGGUAUCCUUCGUUGGCAGCAACUGGAACUUGAGUCUCAGCGUGCCUAGUCAGCCCGUCUUCGCAAACCAGCCGGACAACGUUCACGUUGUCUGGGGAUACGGCACAGAGCCUGAGAGGCCGGGAAAUUUCGUGCAGAAGGCGAUGCAGGAUUGCAGCGGGGCAGAGAUACUGACAGAGCUACUUGGCCACUUGGGUAACCCUUCGGAACACAUUCACUCCACCGCCACUACUAUCCCCUGCAUCUUCCCACUGGCCACGGCAUCAUUGCUUAAACGAUCUCACUUUGACCGUCCGGAGGUAAUUCCCCAUAAUACUACGAACAUGGCGUUCGUGGGUCAGUUCGUGGAGAUCCCGCACGAUACGACUUUCAGCAUGGAAUAUAGCGUGCGUGGUGCUCAGAUGGCGGUGUAUCAUCUGAUGGGACUUUCGAAGAGGCCCCCGCCGGUGAAGACUAACGUGUUGUUGGAGGUGUUUGGUUUGCUGGCUUAA